GAGCGAAGGAAUCAUUCGAAUCGUACCGUGAAUCGCAUUUACACAUCAAGCAACAAGCUGAAACAAAAGAAGAAAGAAACAAAGAUGUCAUCCACUAAAGCUCUCGUUGGUGCCGCCACCCGUUACAUCGCCGGUCGCAACGCCGUGCAGACAGUCUACUGGAGGGAAUCGAAGGACUCCAACAAGAAGAUGCUGAAGUUGUCGAAGAACUUCAAUCUGGGCAGAUCCUCGUCUCCACCGAACCACGUCAGAGAUCAGUACAACGUGGUGAAGUUCGGCUGAAGUUGACGGACGCAACCUGUGAUUUCUAUUUAUUCUUCGUAUUACCAUUAUUUAAUCUUAAUCGUUUGCAACUUUGCAGUUCAUAGAAAAUGCAGAGUUGUGAACGAUGUGCUACCACUACUAAUCGCUAUGUUAUUAUAGUAUUAUACUUAAUCUUAUUUUUUUUUUUAUAAUCUAUAUGUUAAUCAUAUGAAAUAUAUCUGAUAUGUUUAUUAUUUUCA